AUGCCCUUUGGAGAAGCUCUACAACAGAUGCCACUCUAUGCUAAAUUUCUGAAAGACAUGCUAACUGGGAAGAACAAUUACAUCCAUAGUGACACCCUAGUUGUGGAGGGAAACUGCAGCGUUGUGAUUCAAUGUAUCCUUCCACUGAAACAUAAAGAUCCAGGCAGCGUCACCAUUCCAUGUUCUAUAGGUGAAGUUUCUUUUGGAAAAGCUCUUAUUGAUUUGGGAGCCAGCAUUAAUUUGAUAUCGUUUUCCAUGUGCCAGAGACUAGGAGAGUUGGAGAUAAUGGCUACUAGGAUGCCUUUACAGUUAGCAGAUCGCUCCAUCACCAGACCUUAUGGAGAGAUUGAGGAUGUUCUGGUUCAGGUCAAGCAUCUUAUCUUUCCUGCUAACUUCAUUGUAAUGGACAUUGAGGAAGAUGUAGAUAUUCCCUUAAUUUUGGGAUGUUCAUUUAUGUAUACUGCAAGCUGUGUAGUAGACAUGGGAAAGAAAAAGUUAGAAAUGGGUAUUGAAGACCAAAAGAUCAGCUUUGAUCUAUUUAAUGAAGAAAGAAAAUUAUUGGACCAGAAUGUUUGUUUACAGGUGAAGGAGUUAGAUGAGAAGGUUCUAAAGGAGAGAACCAAGGUUGAUCCAGGAUAA